CGCCAUGACGGCCACCAUGUUCUUCGGCUGCGCCUUCAUCGCCUUCGGGCCCGCGCUCGCCCUCUACGUCUUCACCAUCGCCACCGAGCCGCUGCGCGUCAUCUUCCUCAUCAUCGGAGCUUUCUUCUGGUUGGUGUCUAUACUGGUUUCCUCCUUUCUUUGGUUCCUAGUCGGAGUCAUUACUGGUUACAGAAAUGAACCAGCACCAAAAUAUCUGCUAAUAUUUGGAAUGUUAUUCUCAGUCUGUAUUCAAGAAUUGUUCCGGUUUGCCUAUUAUAAGCUUUUAAAAAAAGCCAAUGAAGGUCUGAAGUCUUUGAACACAGAUGAACCAGCACCCUCCAUGCGGUUGCUUGCCUAUGUUUCUGGAUUGGGCUUUGGAAUCAUGAGUGGAAUAUUUGCCUUUGUAAAUACCUUGUCUAAUGCCUUGGGACCAGGCAUAGUGGGUAUACAUGGAGAUUCUCCCCAUUUCUUCAUAAAUGCAGCUUUCAUGACGCUGGUUAUUAUAUUGCUGAACAUGUUCUGGGGCAUUGUGUUUUUUGAUGGCUGCGAGAAAAAGCAGUGGUACGUCAUUCUCAUCGUUCUGAUGACACAUGCAGUGGUGUCUAUGCUGACCCUCUUAAAUCCACAUUAUGAAAUCAGUCUGGUGUUGUCAUAUAUCAUCAUGGUGCUCAUAGGCAUCUGGGCAUUCUUUAUUUCUGGAGGCAGCUGCCGAAGCCUGAAACUCUGCCUGCUCUGCCAAGACAAGGACUUCCUUCUUUUCAAUCAACGUUCCAGAUAAUAGCCCCCAAGAAUAAACAUCACUCAAAUAGUAAGCUGUGUCUUUGGAGGAAGCACAAGUGUGCCUUUUCCUAAAAGUCCCCUGUCUGUGGUAGAAUUUAGAAAAAACAAAUCUAUCAAGCUACCAUUUGGCUUUCACUCAGCAGCUCUCUGAAAGGGAGCUGUCCAUGGGCUAUAUAUAUAUCUCAGCUACAAAUCACUUAGGAAAACAGAAGGAGCACUGAUGGAGGGCCUUUCUCCAGAGCAGUUGGUCUGUAUAUUUUUUAAGUUUUUACUUCAUUAUUUUAAAAUUAUUUUGGCCACACCUGUUGGUGCUUGGGGGCUUCCUUCCAGCUUCAUGCACAGGAGUUGCUCUCGGCGGUGCUCUGGGGAUCAUAUGGUGCUUGGGAUCUCACAUGAAAGUAUGUGCUCAGCCCAUUGAACUAUCUCUGCUCCUAAGUACUUUUUUUUUUUAACUUUCCAAAAGACUCCAUUGUGCAGCAAGCUUGAAACCACUAGUACCCCAAUAGGAACUUCUUGAGAAUAUCCUAAGUGAUUGAGAAUUAGAUGUAUAGCUAUCUUCUAACUCAUCUUGUGCUGAGCAAGUUAAUAUUUGUAUGUCAGAUCCUGCUUAGCUUGUGGCUUUUUAAGUUCUCAAGUCACAAAAGAUCAAAGGGCUAUCUCAUUUGUUAACUGCUUUCAUGGGCUGUACUAGUACUCAGUUUUCUGAGAACAUGGUAGGCAAUGCUUCUAAAUGUAAUAAUGAUAUUGACUUACCAUGAUCAUUUAGCCAAAGUCAGCUAUUAUUGUAAUAAGUAGUAUUUUUCUGGAGUUUUUUUUUCAGUCUGAAUUUUGCUUUUAGAGACUUUUCUUUUUUGAGCAUAGAUUUGUUUAACUUAAAGAACAAUUCUAAUUUUCUGGUAAAGUAUUCUAAAAUCAAAAAUUUUAUGCAACUUCUGUAAGUCUUUGCUGAGGUAAAGAUUUUCCAUCAGCUCUGCUCCAGAGCAGUCAACAAGUGCUACUUGCCAGCUUGGCUGAGAUAAACCUUGUCCUCUCUGUCAAGUAGAUGUAUAGGUGACUGACAUCCCCCCAGGGACAGGCUUUGCUUGAUCUAGUAGAAGUUUGAUGAUAGAGUGAGGAAAACAAGUCAGUAGUGUGGUACUGACAUUGUAAAUUUCCUUCCGAUAUGCUCAGCAUGUCCCUCAAAUGGAGGAGAAUGAAACUGGAAAUAUGUCUUAAACUGCCAAAUUUAUACUUUUACAUUAAUCUCUGUUAUCUACCCAUCUGCUUAAUGGGUUUGGUAACAGGUAAAACAUUCCCUUUAUAGAAAUAUAACAACACUUUUGGUUUCCUUUAGAGAGGAAAAUGCCAGUGAAUUGUGCCUUGACUCACUAAAAAUUGCUCCUGUGCCAUGACGGUUUUUGAGGGUGGGUGAGGAAAUAGUUUUGUGCUAUAUCUGGCGCAGUGAUCAGGGCUGCUCUUGGCUCUAUGCUUAGGUGUCAUUCUUGUCAGUGCCCUGGGGAUCGAGAGGUUCUGAGAUUGAAUGGGGCUUAGGUGCAUGCAAAUCAAGCACUUAUGUUCCAUAUUAUCAGUCGGGGCCCCAUUUGAUGGUUUUUAGGGAUCUCACAUCUGAAAUAGAAAUUCUCUCCCAUAUAAAUGAUAACCUUAUUAAUUACUCUAUGGGCAGCAGAACAUCUGCAAGAAACAGGAGCUGCAAUGAGAGAGCUAACCACUGAGUGACAAAUUUUCCAGUACUGUCAUAGGGAAGAAAAACAAUCAUGCUUAAAAUAGAAAUACAACCAGUAUUGUGGGCUAGCCACAUGACAUUCCAGGGGACAAAACUGGACAUGUGAACUAGAUUUAUAUUAGUGAAAAAUACCCCCAUGAUUAAAUUACUAUAAUUAAUCUAGGGAUACAAGAGGGUCUACCCCCUUAGAAAAACAAGACAAUCUUAUAAGCAAAAAAUGUUAUUGCCCUUAAGUUGACUUUAGUACUAAUACUAAUACUAAUACUGCUGCUAGCAUUUGUAGUUUUCUACAAAAUUUUACAAAAAAUUUUUUAAAAAUAAAUUAGAGACUGUAGCAAUAGCACAGCAGGUAUGACAUUUGCCUCUCACGCUACUGAACUGGGUUCAAUCCCUGGCAUCCAUAUGGUCCUCUGAGCUUGCCAGGAAUGAUCCCUGAGUGCAAAGCCAAGAGUAAAUCCUGAGCAUGGCCAGGUAUGGCCCCAAAAAUAAACAAAAAAUAUUAGAGGUAAAAAUUUUGGGAAGUAACUCAGCAGUAGAAUAUUUACCUUAUGUGAUGCCUUGGAUUCUAUCCCCCAAACAAAACAGACUCAAGGACUCAGUUUUACUAAACAGUGAAAUAUACUGUGUAGAAUUGAGGAGGACAAGAUAGCUAUUGAACUGGAGUUUAUUUUUAUUGGAAUACAGUGUCCUGAAUAGAAGAAUAAGAAGAUUAUGUAGUUGGUUAUUACUGACUUGCAAAUGAAUACUCAGAUAAAGUACUUGCUGGUUUAUAAAGUAAAGAAAAUUAUGAAAAACAUUAAUAUUGUACAAGAGCUCUGAAGAUAUCUUAUGUUAAUAUUUAACAUUAAGAAAAAAUUGGAAUAUUGGGGCUGGAGCAAUAGUAUAGCUGGUAGGAUGCUUGUCUUGACACAGCUGAUCCAGGCUCAAUUCCUAGUAUGCAUAUGGUCCUCAAGCCCACUCAGAAUCAUUCCUCAGUGCAGAGUCUUGCAGGAGUAAGCCACUCCUAGGACAUCAAGUGUAACACCCCAAACUAAAAUAAACCCCCACAAAAACUGGAAAAUUGUUUGGUCUCUCUUAUACAACCUUCUCAGGCAACAGGAAAUUGUUAUUUGGUGAUGAGACUAUUGUUUUAGUUCAGGAAAUGAUUUACUAACCUUUGAUUGCCUAUGAAUAAAGGAAUUUGUAAUCCUGAUUUCUUUUAGAAUGUGAGCAUUGCCAUAGUCAACUGGGCAUCGCAUCGUUGUUGCAAAUACCCUUGCUUUGCCUCAUACCAAGGAAAUCUACAGGGAGGUACAGCUUCCUCUGCUGUGAAAUGCUUUCUGUGUUGCUGUUGUUUUAAUUAUAUAUAAUGAGACCUUUUUGGUCCCGAGGAAGAAAGAGAUCUGAUGUUGCAUGUUACCCAGGCAGGGUUUUCUCAGUUUGGAGGAAUAUUGGGUAUAAAGUUGACUUUGGAUAUGAAUAUUGUUGUAGCACUUGAAUAUGUUGCUAUGUGAAUAACAUUUCAUUUAAAUAAAAGUUGUAUUUAAUUGUU